AUGCCUCGAAUGCCUUUGGAUAUUUAUUUAUUAAUAAGAAAAUUAUUAAUCUUGGGCUUUUUUGGAUAUACUACUUCAUUUGAUUCCCUUAAAGAGGAAUCAAAGCAAGAAGAUUUUAAUCCUGAUCCCAAGCAAAAAUAUGCCGGUUUGUUGGAAAAGAAAUGGACUUCAGUCAUUCGGUUACAAAAAAAGAUUAUGGACUUGGAAAAUAAAAUUACACAAAUGCAAGAAGAGUUGAAUAAUGCACCGAUUCGAAAAACAAACAACGCUGUUGACUGGGUGCCACGUGCACCAGAAAAAUAUUCGUUAUCUGGUCACAGAAAUCCUAUUACACGUGUUACGUUUCAUCCGGUGUUUUCUGUAAUUGCAUCCGCAUCGGAAGAUACUACCGUAAAAAUUUGGGAUUAUGAGACUGGUGAUUUCGAAAGAACCCUUAAGGGGCACACCAAAGCGGUUCAAGACAUAGCUUUUGAUCCAAAAGGCAAUUUUUUAGUUUCUUGCUCGGCAGAUUUGACGAUAAAAGUGUGGGACUUGCAGAAUGAUUACAAAUGUGUUAAAACUCUUUACGGGCAUGAUCAUAGCGUUUCAUCCGUUACAUUCCUACCAUCUGGUGACAUUAUCAUUUCAACUUCUCGUGAUAAAACAAUUAAAUUCUGGGAAAUGGCAUCUGGGUAUUGUGUAAAAACGUACACUGGACAUUUGGAAUGGGUACGGAUGGUAUCCCCAAGUGAGGAUGGCAAGUGGAUUGUAACCAGUUCGAAUGACCAGACUUCUCGACUUUGGGAAGUAUCAUCUGGAGAAUGCAAGAUGGAUUUUAGAGGUCAUGAUCACGUUGUAGAAUGUGCAAUUUUCGUUCCUGUCAUCGCUUAUCCUUUCAUACGAGAAUUGAUAGGUAUAGAUAAAGAUCCAAAAGCGACAUCUAGAGACCAACCAAUUCCCGCGCAAUAUAUUGUGACUGGUUCAAGGGAUAAAACGAUCAAACUGUGGGACUCAACAGGUCAAUGUGUAAAGACACUGGUGGGUCAUGAUAAUUGGAUACGUGGGUUAGUAUUCCACCCCACUGGCAAGUUUCUUCUCAGCGCAUCUGAUGACAAGACUGUUAAAAUAUGGGAUACGAAAACUGGUCGAUGCACAAAAACUCUAGAAGCGCAUGCACAUUUUGUAACGUGUAUCGCUUUUAAUACGAGUAACCCCGUGGUGGCAACGGGGUCUGUGGAUCAAACGGUAAAAAUUUGGGCUCCUUAUAGGUGA